CUUUUAUUUGGAUCAAAAUGAUUUGAGGGGACAUUUUGAGGGGCUGAAAUUCCGAGCCCUGGUCACGCCGUGCCAUUGUUAAGCCAGAAUGGUUGCUGAACGAGUGGUCAUUAAACGAGGACCCCCCCGUACGCUGAAAAAUCGGCUUCAUGUCCUUAGAAGCCACGAUUCAUUUCAUCAAUGACACAAUUUCACGCCGGCCCAAAAUAUCAAGGCUUCAUAAUCAAGGAGCAACUGAGACCCUUCACAAGACCAGCAGGCCAAGGCCGUAUAAGGCGUGAAUCCCCCACCGGCCAGGGGUCGCCGGCCUUCCGCCAGCAGCGGGACGAGACGCGGCGCUCCGGAGCGUCCUCGCCAGGGAGGCCCGCCGUUUCUCCGGCGGGGCCGAAGCCCAUUUCGCUCCGAAGCGCCGCUUCCCGCCCGGCCGCCCCGCCCGGCUGUCCGCCCGUUCCAGGCUGGAGCGCCGACCGUUGAGCCGGCGGGUGGUCCGGCAGCGCCAUGGGGCUGGGGCGGGAGGCCGCGUCGCCGCUCCACCUUCUCGCCUUGGCGAGCCUCCUGGCCAGCCUGGAGUGUCAAACAUUUCUGCAUAUCACUUAUCCCCUGAAGAUAUCGGCCAACUCGUCUGAAGAUUGUAUAGGUGGUGCUCCUGAUGAGAGUGUUCAGGCUUAUACCCUUACCAUAAAUCAGAAGCUCUACACAGUCCGCCUGAAACAACAAUCCUAUUUGCCAAACGAUUUUGUGAUUUAUACAUACAACCGUGGAGGCUUUGUGCAGCCCACUAUCCCAGAAAUUCAGAAUGAAUGCUUCUAUCAAGGUCAUAUCCAAGGAUUCCCCAAUUCUGUGGCAAUACUCAGCACCUGCUCUGGGCUCAGGGGAGUGCUACAGUUUGAGAAUGUCAGCUACGGCAUUGAACACCUGGAAUCUUCAACUACUUUUGAGCACCUAAUUUACGAACUAAAUAGCAAAGACGGCCAAAGCCCAAUUUGGACAGAAAAAGUCACUCGUGUAGACAACCAAACGAACACUGGACGUGCAUCUUAUAAGUUGCUUUCAGAUACUGUGCCGCUGCCAGAUACCACUAAAACUCACAGGUACAUAGAAGUCUAUGCUGUUGUGGACAAGGUUUUGUUCAACUAUUUGGGUGGAAACCCUGAAUAUGUAACCUCAAACAUUGUGCAGAUUAUCGGCUUUGUUAAUAGCAUGUUUGCCGACAUUAACGUAACAGUUGUACUUUCCUCUUUGGAGUUCUGGACAGAUGGCAAUAAAAUCUCAACAGAAGGAGAAGCCGAUGAAAUUCUACGGAGGUUUUUGCAAUGGAAAAAUUCGUACCUUGUCCUGCGGCCUCACGACCUGGCUUUUCUGUUUGUGUUCAGAGAGAAGCCAAAUUACGUGGGAGCAGCUUUUACAGGGAAAUUGUGUCUCCGAAAUUUUGAUGCAUCAGUAGCUUUGUAUGAGAAGUCAAUAACUUUGGAGACUUUUUCAGUCAUUCUGGCUCAGCUGUUGGGUUUCAGCCUGGGGAUGGAAUACGAGGACGGCAAAGACUGCAAGUGCCCCGGACACAUCUGCGUAAUGCACACAAAUGCAGUUAAUUUCGGUGGAAUUAAAAAAUUCAGCAGCUGCAGCGUUGUGGACUUCCAAAAUUUCAUUAAGUUCAAAAGCGCCCCUUGCCUUUCGAAUCGGCCAAAUUUGAAAUUGUACUCUCAGAAGAAAUUGUCCAAAGGGAAACCGGCUUGUGGGAAUGGUGUUUUGGAACCUGGAGAGAAAUGCGAUUGUGGCAGUGUUGAGCAUUGUAAAAGGAGUAAAUGUUGUACUAGCAGUUGCACGUUUCAGCGGGGAGCCUUGUGCAGUAAUGAAUUAUGCUGUGAAAAUUGCAAGUUUAAGCCAAGAAACACAAUAUGUAGACGAGCAUUAGACAAGCAUUGCGACUUUCCUGAAUACUGCAAUGGGAGUUCGGCUAGUUGCCCGGCCAAUGUUUACCUUCAAAACGGUGUCGGUUGUGCCUCUAAUACCGGCUUCUGUUAUGGUGGAUCCUGUCAAUCAGCUGACUUGCAUUGCCAGCAGUUCUUUGGAUCACGGUCAAGAAACGCUCCGCAAGUGUGUUACGAAGCAGUGAACAGCCAGGCUGAUAGAUUUGGGCACUGCGGCUUUGAUCUCAAAAGGAAAUUUAAGACUUGCUCUUUUCGGGAUAUCAGAUGUGGAAAGUUAAUUUGCACAUAUCCCUACGACGCUCCUUUUACUAAAAUUAAUGUUCCCGUCUUGUAUAUACCGGUGAAGAAUGUUGUCUGUGUGUCAUUGGACCUUAAAAAUCGAGAAGGUACACCUGACCCCAUGCUGGUGAAAGAGGGUACAAAAUGUGGAUUUGGUAAGAUUUGCCUCAGACAAAAAUGCGAAAGCUAUGACAUUCUGAGUUAUGACUGUGAUUCUGCAAAAAAAUGCUCAGGACAUGGGGUAUGUAACAACAAAAGAAAUUGCCACUGCGACCCAGGCUGGGCUCCUCCAGACUGCAGAAUAAAAGGAAGUCCUAUGGGAGGAAGUAUUGACAGCGGGCUUCGCUAUCUGGAUUUAGAUGUCGCAAAAAAGGCCAGGGAAGACAGUAUGCGGACAUGGAUUUUGCUAAGCAUUUUCCUUUUUCUGCCCAUUAUUAUCGGAAGCAGCCUUUUGGCUGUCAAAUGGAAACGUAUCAAAAAAUCUUGCUUCGAAGACGAUGAACUGGACGAUGAUUCUGAGUCUUAUUCUAGAUCAGAAGAGAGUAGCACAUCGGAAAAAACAAGCUAAACCAGACCUGAUGUGAACGGAGGAAAAUUACACCGCUGCUUUCCAUGGAAGAAAAGAGAAAGCAAGAUCACUGCACAUUGAUGUACACAUGCCAUCUAAUAAAUCACUGUUUAAAGCACGAA